AUGGAACGCACUCCCACACCAAAUCCCACCAUCCACAGACAAGACAAGUCUGGUCGGGGUUUUCACAAUGACGUGACGGGCAGACUCCUGUGCCCAGUUGAUUACGACUGGAGCAAUCCCACAUGCUAUGACCCCCAGAAUCCUACCAAUGGUUUGUUUAAAGGCAAACUACUUAUAAAGGCAUUUAAACGUGUGUUCACCUCUCCAACUUCUACAUACGAGGAACAACCUGCUGACUCGGCGCCUCGUUCUGUAUGGAACAAGAACAGUGGCGAGCGUCGCACUCGGCGCGAUCUAAGAUUUGCGUUGUUGAGCGCAGGAUCUUGGCGCAUUGUUGAUGAUGAAUUCAACCAUCAAGAGUUCUACGACAAUAUAGUUGACUAUCUUGAGCUCCCUCCAUCGCCAGAAGCAGCGAAAGAAGUCGACGACCUUUUACUUUGGUGGAAUCAAAAGGUUUUUGGUAGAAAAUUUGUUUCUGAUUAUUGCCCGCAGCAUGCGAACAAAAUGUCGGUCGCCAUGACUUUGGCCAGGGCGCCGGAUCUAGCUAAGUUGGGUUAG